CUUUACGGACUCUCCCUGUAAUAUUUUUAGACAACUCAACUUCAACGCCAUUGGGUAAUAAUUCACCUUUGACCUUUUCCAACCAAUCAGAUGAAAGAAGAGAUCGAGAACAAAGCUUCAUCGAGAGAAGCACCUGCAGGUUCUGUUUUAGCAAUGAACAAUGCAGAUCUCUUUAUGAUGGAAACACCAACAUUUCCACAACCCAUUGGACAGAUGCCUGGGAGCCCAAUGGUGUACCCCCCAGGGUUCAAUGUUCCAGAUCCUAGACUAAUUAAGCAGGAGCCUGUAGAAAGUCCACAGAAGAAGAAAAGAGGAAGAAAGAAAAAAGAGGAAAACCAGGAGAAGAUAACUGAUCACAUGCCCACAAAGAAGAAAAAACGGGACCGGUUUAACGGGAUGAGUGAGGACGAAGUCAUGAAACGGGAGUUACCUGACCACUUACAUGAAAAUUUAGAUAUACUUAUCGUGGGCAUUAAUCCAGGGCUAUGUGCUGCCUAUGUUGGACAUCACUAUGCUGGACCAGGCAACCAUUUCUGGAAGUGCUUGUUUCUGUCUGGGUUGAUUCCGGAGCAGUUGAAUGCUUAUGAUGACUACAAACUGGUGAAGUACGGGAUUGGGUUUACUAACAUUGUCGCCAGAACAACCAGAGGAAGUGCUGAUUUAACAAGGAAAGAAAUAAAGGAAGGAGCAACAAUAUUAUCAGAGAAAAUCAUGAAAUACAGACCAAAAAUAGCAGUGUUUAAUGGGAAAGGUAUUUAUGAAGUUUUUGUGGGCCAUAAGAACUUUGCCUUUGGAAAGCAACCUGAACCAUUCGCAGGAACUGAAACGCUUGUGUAUGUAAUGCCGUCUUCUUCCGCUCGCUGUUCCCAGCUUCCCCGAGCCAUUGACAAGGUUCCCUUUUACACAGCUUUAAAGAAACUGCGCGACUACUUACGUGGAGAUCUACAAAAGUUAGAUGACUCUGAGGUCUGCUUUCCUGAUGUGGAACUCAAGGUUGUAAAGAAAGAACCUAAACAAGAGAAAGUUGAGGAAGAUUCUAAAAACAAUCCCCCCUUGUUUGGGAACAACCCAGGGGCUAUUAUGACCCCUCCACAAAUGGACCAGGGAAAUUUCGCUCACGCUAGCAGUCAAAACAUUUGUCAUCCUAGCAAUCCAAAUUUCAUGAGCAUCAAGCAGGAGCCUGCAUUUUCCCCUCAGGAAUAUGGAGGUUCAAUAUCCGGAUGUGCUCAAAAUAACUUUACAGCUUCUAACAUUUCAACCCCUCAAAUGUUCAACAACCAAUUCUCUCAAUCAGAUUUCUCCCCACAGCAAAUGUCUCAGCAGGUAAUGGCUCAUGGCAAUCAACAAGGACCAGGCUUCCCGGGAAACUUUCAAUCUGAAGCUUACAGCAGGCAGAGUGACUUCCACCCUAGUCAGAUGUUCACACAGUCUAUGGCACUGGCCUCACAAAUGGCCUUCAGUCAAGGAGGAUCGAACUUUCAGAUGAGAGGGCGGUACCAAAUGGCAAUGUCUUCUUCUUGGAGGGGUCAAGUACCAAUCAAGCAAGAACCGCACGACUGGUCUUCCAACAUUCCCGUUUACAAUCCCACAAUGCCUCAGGGUAAUGCUGCACAGACACAAUCAAGCAAUCCACUACAAAUGCUGGAGAAUCUCAGUCAGGGAAUCAAUACUUCUGGUCCUCCUAACUGUACCGGAAACACAUUUACUAUGUCUGGGUCAAAUAUCCCAUCUAAUAGUAACUGUUCUCAAGGUGUUCCAAACAGUUUUUAUGGCAAUCAAAACUAUCCUCAGGGAAAUAGACUGUCUCAGGCUCCAGAGCAUUGUGGGAGUUCACAGAUGCAUCAUGGGAAUAUUCCCGAAGAAGUCCCUCUUCAUCCAAGCCAAAGUCCGAUACACAUUCCUGAUAUUAUACAGGACUUGCCUCCAUCACAUGGGUCGGAUUCACCAGGAGCUCGAAGUACUACCCACUCGCUUGGUAGCCCACCUUCUCAACUUCCUGUUGUCAAAUCGGAGCCUAAAGAUUUUGCUACCGACACAUCAUGUCCAUUUUCUAAAUGAAGUAUUUUGUGUAGAAUUGAUUUUGAUAUUUCAUACACCACAAGGUGGGAUAUUUGUGUAAUUUAUAUACAUAUAAUUCUACAGAAUGGUAGAUGAAGAAUCUGAGUUUCUAAAUCAGAAACAUACUUUAUUUGUUUAUGCCAGUAUUUUAGGGAGAGAGAGGAAAAGAGAUGAAAAUACUGAUGGAGAGAAUGAUUUAACUUGCUUCUGUUUUGGGCUUCCAGUGAUCAGGAAAAGACUUCAACAUGAAGACUACAGGCACUAAAUGUUACAUAGGAUCACAUGUAUAUUGAAAAUCACACAAAAAAGAAUCAACUGUGUACACUGAAAAUUUACAAAAAAAUUACAUAGAUAUUGAAAAUUACAAAACAACAUUUCAGUGGCAGAUCUAAAGCAUGUAAAGAGGGGUUAGCAGGGGUUGCAUCUUUGGAUAAUUUUGUUUUUAGAAAAAGGUAAUUUUUUACCACUUUUUGGUAUUGAAGCCCCUGUAUUGGGCGCAAAAAGGUACACAUUUGGGUCACAACCCUCCCUUGGAAAAUUUACUGGAUCCACCACUGUUCCAACAUAUUGAAAAAAAAAUAAUACACAUACUGAAAAUCAUGUAAUAUGUAAUCUAGGUAUGAGAUUUUCAAUAUAUAGAUAUUUUGUUUUUGUUGUUGUAACAUCAAGUGCCUGCAGAGGAGAUGUCUAUUCAGGUGAUUUUGAGGCAUAUUCAUGAUUGUAUAUGUAUCUACAAAGUUUUUUACAAUAGAUUGAAAUGUAAUACAAGUUCCUUUUUUUCUCUCGUGUGAGACUUGAUAUGCAUUGAUAUCUCAUGAAAGCUGGAAAUUCUGCAGUACCUAUCCUUUGUUGUCCACUAUAUGUUGAUUUUCAUACAACUGUUGUAAAGUCUACAUACCUUUAUAUUGUACUUGUAUCUUGAAAUAGAAUUUACGCCGUUUGCAGAAUGAAAAUAUACCUGCAAGCGUUUAUAACCUCGAAUUACCUGAAAUGGAGGGUAUUCGGAAGCUGCCUAUGUUAGCGAUAAAGGAUAUGGAAUAUAUCAAUAGGUAUUUGUUCCCAAAUUUGGUAAAUGUAUUUGACUAUUGUUAAGAUAUAUUAUUCAUACUAAAAAAUUGGAAUUGUGUAAAAUGAUGAGUGUCAACUUCAUGCAAAAAGUUUAUCUUGUACAUUAUAUUACAAGUGUUACUAGUAUAAGAGGAAGGGAGAAAAUGCAACGGACCGGACUGAGAUUCGAACCCAGACCCCUUGAAUCUCCAGUCAGGUGGUCUACCUACUGAGCUAUCUGGCCACCAGCGAUCGAACCCGUCUGAUCACUACGCUGGUAAAUAUGUACCAUUAAUGUCGCAUGAAAACUUCUGAUCGGAAUUGAGAGGUCAAUAAGACUACAGGUCACUUGCUGUCAGUGUGUUUCUGUUACUGCUGAUUUGCAUAUUGUCUAGAAUUGUAUGCACGUACAUUACAGUAAAACACGGUUAUAGCGAACCUCCGGGUCCAGCAAAAAAGGUUCGUUAUAACCAAAUUCGUUAUAUCAAACAUAAUUUCCUCUCAUAGGGGAAUAAUAUCACUUCGCAAUAAGCAUGAACUCAUUAUAAGUGUGUUUUAUAGGUGUGAUUUAUUUAUAUUAAUUGUUUAAUUUAUUUGAAAUUAUUCAUUGUAAGCCAUUGGGGCCAAGUCCAAUUUGUUUCCGAAAGUAAUAUUAUCUGUGCAGUGAAUAGUCAUGAUGACAUUUUGCAAGAAAGGAUAUCUAGUGUUGUAUGCAAAAAAUACCCCCAAAAUCGCAAUCUCUUCAUUUUCGAUCAUUUUUUCUUGCGUAAUAAGAUUUUGAUACAUUAUAGGUUUACAGAUCUCCAGCCUAGUCAUUACUGAGGGAGCCCUGGUAUUUUUCACAUUUCUCUGUUUUUUAUUACAUGUUGAUGAAUAGUUUGCUAUAUCAUCCAAGGUUUUAAAACACAAGGGGAAAAAACAACACAUUUAUAGUGUUAAUGAUUAGAUGAUUCAAUAUUUUUUUAGUUUAAAACAAAAAACUGCCCAUGUUAUCCCUCUGUUUUAGUCUUGUGUUUUAGAAUAUCAAAAUUGUUAGAUUAUAUUGAAUGAAUUGUUUUUGAAAUAAGAUGUGUGAUGCAUGAUGUGUUUUAGAGUGUUCAUUUAUUUAGUGGUUCUUUUUUUUUCUUUUCUUUUUUUUUGAAGAUCUCAUUUAUUCUUGUUUUUAUAAUUUAAUCCCUCCCCCCAAAAUGGUGUACAAAGAAUGAAUAGUUAAUUUUAUGUACAAUUAUGCUGAAUUGAUAAAUUUACGUAGAUGUUUAUUUAUAUAUGAUGGGUCACCAGGCUCAAUGCUAGAAUCUGAUUGGUUCAAUGCUAGAAUCUGAUUGGUUCAGAUGUAUCUUUUGCACUGACCUGGAGGUGUCCUAUUACAUGUAAGUGCAAUCUGUACAAUUUUUUUUUACCUCAUUUAUAUUUUUUUAAUUUAUUGCAUUUAUAUGUUGUAUACAGAAUUCUUAUGUAUACAUAUUCUAAAUUAUUUUAUAUACAUUGUAUAUGAACACACAAUAGGAUUAUAAAAUCAUAGAUGUUUCCUUCUAUACAGUUUGUAGUGCUUAGAUUCCAUAACAUUCACUAGAUUAUAUGUAUGUAUUAAAUAUGGAAAGUCAGAAUAAAAAAAAUGAAGUGAUGGUU